GUCCAGGUUUUCAUCUUAUGUCGAUUUGAAUUGUAUUGUGAUGUCCGAUUCUUCCAUAACAUUUCCAACAGGAUGGACCGAGGGGCGGCGGCACGCAUUCUCCAGAAGGCAGUCUCCUCGCUUCCUUAUCAUUCUCGUGUCCAGGCUGCUGCAGGUUGUAAGAUCUGGACGGAGAACUGAUAAGGGCACGUGGCAGACGAUGGCAGCUCUCAGGCCUUCCCCUCCAGGAACACUCCCGCCAGGCACAGGGUCAAGUGAAGGAACACGCACGACAGGGCGCAACGAGUCACUGAGUGCAGGUACUGGCGCAUUCGCAUCCUGGCCGGCUUCAGGCAGCCCUGCAAGAAAUAAUCAGGAUGGAACAAGUUGCCUAAUUUUUAAGCUCUCGAAAGAAGUUAUUGAAGAAUCAUCUGAAAAUGGAUGAAAGUUUGAUGCAUUUAUGGAAGAACAGAAUGGAUUUUGUAUAUUAUUUAUUACAGGAUCUCUGAUUAAAAUGUGGACGACUCAAAACUCUGAUAUUGAGUUGCUGACAUUUUAUGUUUCUCAAAAGAAUACAGGGAGUUUCAUUUUUCUUGUUUUUCGAAUAUAUUAUGUGUUUUAAGCUCGUUACUUAGUGCCAGGUAAAGGUCGAAGUUAUUCUUAAAAAUGUAUCGACCACUCUCGUCAGAAAUUAUAAAUUGAGUUGUUAACUUAGAUAUGUGAUGCCACCGUUUUACGUUUAUCAAAUUUAAAUUUAUUUAUAAAUCAUUUCAAUACUUUUAUGAAAACUUAUUGGAAUAAAAAUGUAGUCACAAAUAAACAUUUUGCUCUCUCUUGCAUAAUUCUGUACAGUAACAUUAAAGUACAUUCUCACAGUAUUGUAUUAAAAUCCUAAGAUGGACCGUUGCUGUAUUUCAAUCCGACCUCAAUCCACAUUGAAAUUUUCAUUCAAAUGCUGAAAUGCUUAAACUUUGUUUAUGUACUUUGGGAAAAUUUAUUUAUUUUGGAGUUCUAUGUGGAAUUCCUUUUAAUAAACUAUAUGUUGUUUUUUUAAAAAUUUCACUGUCUCUAUCUUUCAAAUGAAUUAAUAUUUUUAAUGUUUGAAAAUAGUGAGAAGCAAUAAUUUGUUUCACUUUUAAUUUGUCCCAUUUUAAAUACUUCAAGAUCAUGCAAAAAAAAAUUUAUGAUUUCAGGUAUUCGAUUAAUUGUUAGUGUAACUUAAAAACGAGAACAAUGUAUGUUAAAACUUUCCUACUUAACUUACGCGCAGUUAAUAUGAGGAAUAAAAAAAAUGUACUUUGAAGUACAAUCACGGUGGAAAAAAAGGAAUGGCCCAGUUUUAUUCUAACAUCGUUCAGCGUACAGUCAUAAAAAUGGCCUCAUUUGAAAAGGCUUUACGUACUUUUAAAGAUUUUUUAAUUAAAAAUUUUCUAAGGGACCUUCCAUAUAUUGAAAUAAGAAUAAACUAUUCCAGUGCUAUUCCAAUAGCAAUACCCAUUUUUUCUCAUCAAAUUUUAAAAGUACAUCAAAAGUCAUUCCGGGAAACCAAGUUUUAAUAGUUUAGGUCUUUUCGUUUAGAAAUUAUGAGCUAUCAAAAUUUUGAAUUUCUAAUGUUAAAAUCAAAUUUUGAACUUUUCAUAUUUUGAAAGCACACAAAAUUACUAACCAAAGCUCUUUAUUAUAAAAAUAUUAGGUAUGCUAAAUAUUUUGCAAGCAUUUUUAACAUGAAAAAGUAAUUUUUAUUUUAUGAAAAAAAAAAACUACAAAAUUAGAGUUUAAAAACGUUUAAAGGGCAACAUAUUAUAUUUUGGCAUAAAUCGAUGGGCUAGACCAUUCUAUGGAGACACGCAAAAUUUCAACUCAUUCCUACGAAUAGAUUUCCCAUUACAGCAAUUUUCUGUCUUACUCCUAAAACGAAGCAUUGAGAGGCGCAUUCAUACAUUUCAAUAUAUCGACAGUUUCAUUUAAUUUUUGGUAUUAAAAUGCUAUUUAUUGUUCAUUCAUUGAACAAAAAUAUCAUUUUCUGCAUUGUAAUAUAAAAAUAUAUUUAAAAAAAUUCGUCAAUGGCAAAAAAUAUAAAAUUUGUUUGGAAAAAAAAUUCUAUUUCCAUAAUAUUUUUUUCAACUUUUAAAUUUGGAGGAUGGUCUCUGUCCUUGUCAUAAGUCAGAAUUCUUACUUGUCAACUCAAUGAAUGCGAAAUAUAACCAAUUCCAGAAAAGGGAAUAACUUUCCAUUUCGUAAUGAAUACUUUGUAGGAUUUGACUAUUUAAUGCUGAUAUUCUAGUGUUUGCUUAAGUGCGCUUCUUUCACAAGUCUCGAGUUUCUUAAGAUGAAUAUGAUGCAAUCAUUAUUGUAUGUAAUCACUAAUGGAAUAAAAAAAAUUGAAGCUUCAAAAUAUUAUUUACUAAGCACUAUAGUAUUUUUAUAUUGUAAUAGUAUAUAGAAUUAUAAUAAAAU